AAAAUUCCCCUACGUAACUUAGAUUUGGACUUUUCCCAAUAAGUCACGGCUUUCACCUUCGAGGAAGACCAAUAUCGAUAUUUCAUAUCAAAACCGGGGUGUUUCAGAGACUGCCCUAAAAUAAAUCGUCCCCCUCCAUUACUGCAAUUCCCGACCUCAACAAUGGCGAUUGCUAGAACAGGAGUCUUCGUUGAUGACUAUCUCGAAUAUUCGAGCACGUUACCAGCGGAGCUCCAGAGGCUGCUUUCCACCAUGAGAGAGCUCGAUGAAAGAUCUCAAGCCAUAAUCAAUCAAACUCGUGAUCAGACCAAGUAUUUCUUGAGCAUGAGUGGAAAUGGGUCCAAGAAAGGGAAUUCGGAAGAAGAUGAGGGUAUGGAAAAGUUAAGAAAGGACAUCGAGAUGAGCCAAGACAAUGCCUUGAGCCUGUGUACGGAGAAGGUUUUGCUCGCCCAGCAAGCCUACGAUCUGAUAGAUAGCCAUGUCAAACGUCUUGAUGAAGACCUAACCAAUUUUGCAGAAGAUCUAAAGCAAGAAGGAAAGAUACCUUUAGACGAGCCAGCGAUCCUUCCUACUGUAGCAAUCAAGGAUGAAAAGCGAAAAACAUACAUCAACACACCUCAAUCAAAGAGACAUGACAGAGAUUGGGACAGGGAGCGCGACAGGGAUUUCGAGCUCAUGCCUCCUCCAGGUAGCCACAAGAAAAAUGUUCCUGCACCUGUUGAUAUGGACCAACAAAUUGAUCCAAAUGAGCCCACAUAUUGUGUUUGUCAUCAGGUAUCAUUUGGUGACAUGAUUGCUUGUGACAAUGAGAAUUGUGAGGGCGGGGAAUGGUUCCAUUACUCUUGUGUUGGCCUUACCUCAGAGACGCGAUUCAAAGGAAAGUGGUACUGCCCAACCUGUAGACUCUCGUACUCAUGACACCAGGGGAAUUCUUUUAGUCGUAGGAACUAAGCAUGGGAGGUAGGAAUAAAAUAUUAGUUUGUUAACUUCUUAUUAUUGAUGCAUGCAUGGGUUGCUAAAAGGCUUUGAAGCAACUAAUUGGUUAUCUAGUCUGCAGAUACGAAUUUUAAAUCUCCACUAACGUAUUUUACAUUUUGUAUCAGUCGUCAGAUAAAAAAACGAAGUCUUUGAAUCAUUGAUGUUCAUUUUCAUGUAUCUUAAUGUAUUUUGUGUUCGCAACCGGCUACGCAUUAU